GUGGCACUUUGAACCGGACGCCCGGCCUCUGCAGCUGGCGAUCGGGUGCCGGCCGGGGUUGGGCCAUGGCCGAGGCUCGCGUGUCGCGCUGGUACUUCGGGGGCCUGGCCUCCUGCGGGGCCGCCUGCUGCACGCACCCGCUGGACCUGCUCAAGGUGCACCUACAGACCCAGCAGGAGGUGAAGCUGCGAAUGACUGGCAUGGCUCUACACGUGGUGCGCUCAGAUGGCUUCCUGGCACUCUACAAUGGCCUAAGUGCCUCGCUGUGUAGACAGAUGACCUACUCUCUGACUCGGUUUGCUAUCUAUGAAACCAUGAGGGACCGCAUGACCAAGGACAGCCAGGGGCCUCUCCCCUUCCACAGCAAGGUGUUACUGGGCGGCAUCAGCGGCUUAACUGGAGGCUUUGUGGGGACACCGGCAGACUUGGUCAAUGUCAGGAUGCAGAAUGACAUGAAGUUGCCGCUGAGCCAGCGACGCAACUAUGCCCAUGCCCUGGAUGGCCUGUACCGUGUGGCCUGUGAAGAAGGUUUGAAGAGACUGUUCUCAGGGGCAACCAUGGCCUCCAGCCGUGGGGCCCUUGUCACCGUGGGCCAGCUUUCCUGCUACGAUCAGGCCAAGCAGCUGGUCCUCAACACUGGGUACAUGUCAGACAACAUCUUCACUCACUUUGUCGCCAGUUUCAUUGCGGGCGGAUGUGCCACUUUCCUGUGUCAGCCCCUGGAUGUUCUGAAGACCCGCCUGAUGAACUCCAAGGGCGAGUAUCAGGGCGUUUUCCACUGUGCUGUCGAGACAGCAAAGCUUGGACCACAGGCCUUUUUCAAGGGUCUCUUUCCCGCCGGCAUCCGUCUCAUCCCCCACACCGUGCUCACCUUUUUGUUUCUGGAGCAACUUCGGAAACACUUUGGCAUCAAGAUUCUGACCUGACAGCUGCAUGGGCAGCUGGGCCAUGAUGGGCCCAAUGGCCUGGCUCUUCUGAGGAGUGAAAGGAGAGCAGCUUCCCCUCCUUCCUGGCCUAGACCCAGGCUGCACCCCCAGCAGGCUUCUGCCCUUUCUACCCUCAGGCUGGCUGGGCCUCCCAACCCUCCCUGGGCAAGGGCUCACCCCAGUGGCCUUUGUCCCUUCCCUAAGCCCACUGAAGUGGAACCUCUGCUCUUCCUGCUCCCAGGCUCUCCUUCCUGGGUGUUUAUUCUGUCUUUUCCCCUACGAAUCACUCAGGAGAAGAGUUUCAGCCCAGGCUGGGAUUGCUAUACCCCCUUCCCAGCUGGGUCUUUCCACCUGGGCCCUGGGUUGCAGGACAGGGUGUGGACUACAGCAACUGCUCACCAAAUUGCCGGAGCCUGGGCACUUUCGUGGUAUGAGCGGACCGUCACAUAGCACCCUAGAAGGUAGCACUUUCAGGAGAGGGAAAAUCAACAGCUUGCAAAUCAACAGCAAGUGCUGUGACAAGAGUCCAGAGAGAGAGGCUGAGGUCCCCACAUACAGCCUAGCUGCGUUCAUGAUUGGUUUUGCUGAAACUUAACACAGCAGGCUGCCGCUCUCUUCAGGGUCACAGCUGUGCCGCUUGUGCGCCUGCGCCCGCCCAGCCCGACUCCUUGGGGGUACUGAAUGGGGCCUGUGUUGGCAUAGCUGGGGCAGCCAAGGGCUACAGUGUGUCCUCCAGGAACUGUCUCCUUGUAUGGCUGUGGUCACCCCUCACCGUCCCCAGUCACCAAAGCAUCCUGUUUCUCCCCUCCAAAAAGAUUAGGCACAGAGCUGGGCGUGGUGGUGCACGCCUCUGAUCCCAGCACUUGGGAGGCUGAGUUAGGAGGAGUGCUGUAAGUCCAAGGCCAGCCUGAGACUGCACAGCGAAUUCCAGGUCAGGUUGGCUAGAAGCAAGACCCGGCCCUGAAGUAAAAAGAAAAGUUAGGCAGCACUUGGGGUUGGGCUCUACACCCACCUCCCCAGACCCCCUCAGUAUCUGAUCCUUACCCAGGUGGCAUAAUGGGCCCAGGAGCACUGCUCACGCCACUCUGCAGGGCAUCUAAUGAGUGACAGUGACUCGGUGGCCUCCAUAUCUUCCCUGCACACAUGACACUUCAAGGUACCUGCUGCUGACCCUCUUUGCCUUCCCCAACCAGGGCCCUCAGGUUACUGGGGGCAGGGCCUGUGGGGAAGGAGCCUGGGAGUGGGGGGGACAGACUUCAGUGUGGCAGGGAGAUGAAGGAAGCCGAGGGUGGGUGCCGUCCCAUACAGCAAGCCCUGGACCAUCAGAUCCCGGGUAUUUGCACGCCAGGCUGUGCAAGCCACACCAGGACAGAGCAGGCCAACCCAGGGGUCACCUCACCCAAUAGCAUCUCUCAAGUCAGCCCUGGACUGUGUAGCACCAGCCAGCUGUCCACUGAGCUCUGAGGGACCAGGCCGCCCUGGGAGCUGACCCUUGGGCUGGCCUGGGCCUGUGGCCGGGAGGAGCGUUGCAAGUGUGUAAGAGGAAUCAGGGUGUCAGGUGGGGUGCAGGACAGAGCUCUGAAUAGUCUAAAAUCACUCAAUAAAGCUGUUUUGGAUCAAAAAA